UAAUAAGUUGCUUCCCUCCAAUGAUGAUGAUGAGAACCACCCUUAUCAUAUGGCUUUGCUUGCUAGAACCCUUGUGCCUAGUGAACUUUACCAUCACCAUUAAUGCUGCUACUUCCCAUUGUCUUGGUCAUCAACAUUCUUUGUUGCUCCAUUUGAAGAACAGCCUCGUAUAUAACCAAACUCAGUCCAAAAAGUUAAUUCAUUGGAACCAUGUUCACGAUUGUUGCCACUGGAAUGGAGUCUCUUGCUACAAGGGGCAUGUCGUGGAUCUAGAUUUAAGCCAAGAAUCUAUAGUUGGAGGUAACUUCAGCAGUCUCUUCCACAUGCAAUAUUUGCAGAGUUUGAAUUUGGCUUAUAAUGAAUUCCACUUUGAAAUUUAUUCUGAGUUCAAAAACCUGAAGAAUCUCAGGUAUUUGAAUUUGUCAAAUGCUGGUUUCAUGGGGCAAAUUCCAACUGAAAUCUCUUACUUGAUCAAGUUGGAGACUCUUGAUUUGUCUACCACAAUCACUUCAUCGUCAAAACAUGGUUUGAAACUUGAGAAGCCAAACAUGGUAGAGUUUGUGCAAAACUUUACAAGAAUGAAAGAACUGUAUCUAGAUGGUGUUGCAAUUUCAGCCAAAGGAGAGGAGUGGUGCCAUGCUGUUUCUUCCCUACAAAGUCUACAAGUUUUGAGUAUGUCAUCUUGCAAUCUCUCUGGUCCUCUUGAUUCUUCAUUGACAAAGCUUCAAUCUCUCUCAAUACUUCAACUAGACCAUAACAAUUUGGCAAGCCCAAUUCCUGAGUACCUUGGUAAUUUGUCUAAUUUAACCACUUUGCAACUCAGAAGUUGUGGUUUGAGUGGAGUCUUUCCAAAAAAUAUCUUCCAAAUUUCAUCACUUCAUGUCCUUGAUGUGUCAGAUAAUCAAGGCCUUCAUGGUUCUUUAUCAAACUUUCUACAUCAAAGAUCUCUCCAUUACUUGAAUCUUAGCCGCACAAAUUUCUCAGGACCUUUACCACAGACUAUUAACAAGUUAAGACAAUUGUCAACACUAGAUCUAUCAAAUUGCCAAUUCAAUGAGACAAUUUCCAAUUCAUUGUCUGAUCUUGCCGAACUUGUUUAUCUUGAUUUGUCAUUCAAUAAUCUUACUGGUCCUCUUCCAUCUUUCAAUAGGUCCAAGGCUCUGAGAAUCUUGUAUCUUAAUCAUAAUUAUCUAAAGGGCACACUUUCACCCACCCAUUUUGAAGGCCUUAUAGAUCUUGUGAGCAUUAAUUUAGAAGUUAACUCUCUAGAUGGAAGACUUCCUUCAUCUUUGUUUACACUUCCAUCUCUGCAGCUGCUCUUUCUUGCUAACAAUAGAUUUGAUGGCCAACUUGAAGAGUUCCCAAACGGUUCCUCCUCAUCAUUAGAGAUGCUUGAUUUAAGUGAAAACAAUUUUCAAGGGCGUGUUCCUUUGUCUAUCUUUCAACUGAAAAGUCUCAGUUUACUUCAACUUUCCACAAACAAGUUCAAUGGCACCAUACAAUUGAGUGUUGUUCAAAGGCUACAAAAUUUGGCAACACUUGAUCUCUCAAACAACAACUUGUUAAUUGUGGAUGACAAUGAUCUUCCAUUCCCCAAGUUGAUCAAUCUUUGGUUGGCUUCAUGUAAGUUGACUGUAUUUCCUGCAUUUUUGAUAAAUCAGUCUUCUUUACUCUUUUUAGAUUUGUCCAACAACCAAAUUGAAGGAACAAUACCCAAUUGGAUUUGGAGACUUGAAAUUCUAUGCUUCUUGAAUCUUUCCAACAAUUUUUUGACUGAUAUGGAAGGUCCUUUCCAAAAUCUUAGUUCAAUUUUGUUCUACCUUGAUCUUCAUGGAAAUCAAUUACAAGGACCAGCACCCAUUUUCACAAAAAAUAUUGUUCAUCUGGACUACUCAAAUAAUAGAUUCAGUUCUAUUACACCAUCAGAUAUUGGUAAUUCUAUUCCUGACUCAGUUGAUAUAUUUUUCUCAAACAACAAUUUUUAUGUAAAAAUCGAUGAAUCCAUUUGCAAUAUUUCAACUCUUAGAAUGCUUGAUCUUUCAUAUAAUGGCUUCAUUGGCAACAUUCCUGAGUGCUUGACAACAAGGAAGAGUAGCUCUCUGAAACUAUUAAAUCUUGCUGGAAACAAACUCAAUGGCCACAUUUCAGAUACAUUAUUCUCAACUUCAUGUUCUCUAAGGUUUAUAGAUCUCAAUGGAAAUCUUUUAAAUGGAGGCCUCCCAAAAUCUUUGGCUAACUGCCAAAAUCUCCAAGUCCUAAAUGUUGGAAACAAUCAAUUAAUGGACGAGUUCCCCUGCUUCUUGAAGAACAUUUCUUCGCUAAGCGUCAUGGUUUUAAGGUCAAAUAAGUUCUAUGGACAGAUUGGAUGCUCCAAUGUGAUUGGCGAUUGGGAAAAGCUUCAAAUUGUUGAUGUAGCAGACAACAAAUUUAGUGAACGACCCUUAUUAUAUUGGCUUUGCUUGCUAGAACCCUUGUGCCUAGUGAACUUUACCAUCACCAUUAAUGCUGCUACUUCCCAUUGUCUUGGUCAUCAACAUUCUUUGUUGCUCCAUUUGAAGAACAGCCUCGUAUAUAACCAAACUCAGUCCAAAAAGUUAAUUCAUUGGAACCAUGUUCACGAUUGUUGCCACUGGAAUGGAGUCUCUUGCUACAAGGGACAUGUCGUGGAUCUAGAUUUAAGCCAAGAAUCUAUAGUUGGAGGUAACUUCAGCAGUCUCUUCCACAUGCAAUAUUUGCGGAGUUUGAAUUUGGCUUAUAAUGAAUUCCACUUUGAAAUUUAUUCUGAGUUCAAAAACCUGAAGAAUCUCAGGUAUCUGAAUUUGUCAAAUGCUGGUUUCAUGGGGCAAAUUCCACCUGAAAUCUCUUACUUGAUCAAGUUGGAGACUCUUGAUUUGUCUACCACAAUCACUUCAUCGUCAAAACAUGGUUUGAAACUUGAGAAGCCAAACAUGGUAGAGUUUGUGCAAAACUUUACAAGAAUGAAAGAACUGUAUCUAGAUGGUGUUGCAAUUUCAGCCAAAGGAGAGGAGUGGUGCCAUGCUGUUUCUUCCCUACAAAGUCUACAAGUUUUGAGUAUGUCAUCUUGCAAUCUCUCUGGUCCUCUUGAUUCUUCAUUGACAAAGCUUCAAUCUCUCUCAAUACUUCAACUAGACCAUAACAAUUUGGCAAGCCCAAUUCCUGAGUACCUUGGUAAUUUGUCUAAUUUAACCACUUUGCAACUCAGAAGUUGUGGUUUGAGUGGAGUCUUUCCAAAAAAUAUCUUCCAAAUUUCAUCACUUCAUGUCCUUGAUGUGUCAGAUAAUCAAGGCCUUCAUGGUUCUUUAUCAAACUUUCUACAUCAAAGAUCUCUCCAUUACUUGAAUCUUAGCCGCACAAAUUUCUCAGGACCUUUACCACAGUCUAUUAACAAGUUAAGACAAUUGUCAACACUAGAUCUAUCAAAUUGCCAAUUCAAUGGGACAAUUUCCAAUUCAUUGUCCGAUCUUGCCGAACUUGUUUAUCUUGAUUUGUCAUUCAAUAAUCUUACUGGUCCUCUUCCAUCUUUCAAUAGGUCCAAGGCUCUGAGAAUCUUGUAUCUUAAUCAUAAUUAUCUAAAGGGCACACUUUCACCCACCCAUUUUGAAGGCCUUAUAGAUCUUGUGAGCAUUAAUUUAGAAGUUAACUCUCUAGAUGGAAGACUUCCUUCAUCUUUGUUUACACUUCCAUCUCUGCAGCUGCUCUUUCUUGCUAACAAUAGAUUUGAUGGCCAACUUGAAGAGUUCCCAAACGGUUCCUCCUCAUCAUUAGAGAUGCUUGAUUUAAGUGAAAACAAUUUUCAAGGGCGUGUUCCUUUGUCUAUCUUUCAACUGAAAAGUCUCAGUUUACUUCAACUUUCCACAAACAAGUUCAAUGGCACCAUACAAUUGAGUGUUGUUCAAAGGCUACAAAAUUUGGCAACACUUGGUCUCUCAAACAACAACUUGUUAAUUGUGGAUGACAAUGAUCUUCCAUUCCCCAAGUUGAUCAAUCUUUGGUUGGCUUCAUGUAAGUUGACGGUAUUUCCUGCAUUUUUGAGAAAUCAGUCUUCUUUACUCUUUUUAGAUUUGUCCAACAACCAAAUUGAAGGAACAAUACCCAAUUGGAUUUGGAGACUUGAAAUUCUAUGCUUCUUGAAUCUUUCCAACAAUUUUUUGACUGAUAUGGAAGGUCCUUUCCAAAAUCUUAGUUCAAUUUUGUUCUACCUUGAUCUUCAUGGAAAUCAAUUACAAGGACCAGCACCCAUUUUCACAAAAAAUAUUGUUCAUCUGGACUACUCAAAUAAUAGAUUCAGUUCUAUUACACCAUCAGAUAUUGGUAAUUCUAUUCCUGACUCAGUUGAUAUAUUUUUCUCAAACAACAAUUUUUAUGGAAAAAUCGAUGAAUCCAUUUGCAAUAUUUCAACUCUUAGAAUGCUUGAUCUUUCAUAUAAUGGCUUCAUUGGCAACAUUCCUGAGUGCUUGACAACAAGGAAGAGUAGCUCUCUGAAACUAUUAAAUCUUGCUGGAAACAAACUCAAUGGCCACAUUUCAGAUACAUUAUUCUCAACUUCAUGUUCUCUAAGGUUUAUAGAUCUCAAUGGAAAUCUUUUAAAUGGAGGCCUCCCAAAAUCUUUGGCUAACUGCCAAAAUCUCCAAGUCCUAAAUGUUGGAAACAAUCAAUUAAUGGACGAGUUCCCCUGCUUCUUGAAGAACAUUUCUUCGCUAAGCGUCAUGGUUUUAAGGUCAAAUAAGUUCUAUGGACAGAUUGGAUGCUCCAAUGUGAUUGGCGAUUGGGAAAAGCUUCAAAUUGUUGAUGUAGCAGACAACAAAUUUAGUGUGAAUCUUGAUGCUAUAACUACAAUUUUCUCUAAGAGCAGCAAAAUGAAGUUAGCCAAACUUGUUACAGUUGAGCCACUUUAUGUGUUAGAUCACUUGUUCUCUCAUGUAUAUGCGGAGGCUUAUAGUCUUCGUAGGUAUGAGAUUCUCAUUGCAUUCACUUCAUUGGAUUUCUCAUCAAACCAAAAACCAAGGCCAAUACCAGAAGAGAUCAUGAGUUUCAAAGCAUUGCAUGCUCUUAACUUGUCUCACAAUGCAUUCUCAGGCCAUAUUCCUUCAACUUUGGGAAACUUGAGAAAUCUUGAAUCCUUAGACUUGUCAAUGAAUUCUCUGAGGGGAGAGAUUCCAACUGAGCUUGCAAGCUUAUCUUUUCUUGCCAUCAUGAAUCUCUCCUAUAAUCAUCUUGUGGGGAGAAUUCCAACAGGCACUCAAAUUCAAUCGUUUGGAGCACAUUCAUUUGUGGGAAAUGAAGCGUUAUGUGGACCUCCAUUGACACAAGGUUGUGGUGGAGAAGAGCAAGGGUUGUUACGACCAUCAUCUAAAACUACUAACUCUCAUAGUAGUAGUUCAGUUAAUUGGAGUUUGUUAAGUGUAGAGUUGGGAUUCACUUUUGGAUUUGGAAUAUUCAUGAUGCCACUGAUUUUGUGGAAGAAAUGGAGGUUGUGGUACUCCAAGAAAGUAGACGAAGCUCUAUACAAGAUUGUGCCUCAACUUGAUUUUGUAUAUGAACGUCGUGGUGGGAAGAGAUAUAGAUCUUUAAGGUCUGAUGAUGAAGAUAAAGAUAAAUCAAGGUUUGGACAUUUAUCUUUUAAUUUUUAUGAUAUCAACAUCAAUUAUUCAGUGAAUCUUGAUGCUAUAACUACAAUUUUCUCUAAGAGCAGCAAAAUGAAGUUAGCCAAACUUGUUACAGUUGAGCCACUUUAUGUGUUAGAUCACUUGUUCUCUCAUGUAUAUGCGGAGGCUUAUAGUCUUCGUAGGUAUGAGGACUCAGUUACCAUUGUAAUCAAAGGUCAACAAAUGAAGUUGGAAAAGAUUCUCAUUGCAUUCACUUCAUUGGAUUUCUCAUCAAACCAAUUUGAAGGGCCAAUACCAGAAGAGAUCAUGAGUUUCAAAGCACUGCAUGCUCUUAACUUGUCUCACAAUGCAUUCUCAGGCCAUAUUCCUUCAACUUUGGGAAACUUGAGAAAUCUUGAAUCCUUAGACUUGUCAAUGAAUUCUCUGAGGGGAGAGAUUCCAACUGAGCUUGCAAGCUUAUCUUUUCUUGCCAUCAUGAAUCUCUCCUAUAAUCAUCUUGUGGGGAGAAUUCCAACAGGCACUCAAAUUCAAUCGUUUGGAGCACAUUCAUUUGUGGGAAAUGAAGCGUUAUGUGGACCUCCAUUGACACAAGGUUGUGGUGGAGAAGAGCAAGGGUUGUUACGACCAUCAUCUAAAACUACUAACUCUCAUAGUAGUAGUUCAGUUAAUUGGAGUUUGUUAAGUGUAGAGUUGGGAUUCACUUUUGGAUUUGGAAUAUUCAUGAUGCCACUGAUUUUGUGGAAGAAAUGGAGGUUGUGGUACUCCAAGAAAGUAGACGAAGCUCUAUACAAGAUUGUGCCUCAACUUGAUUUUGUAUAUGAACGUCGUGGUGGGAAGAGAUAUAGAUCUUUAAGGUGGAAGCCUUAUUGAUUGUUGUUUCACUUUCAUUUGUAUGAUGUAUGUAUGUUGUUGUUUUCUUUUCUUUUCUUUUUUUCUUAUCUUCCUUUAAUUUGUGUGUGAUCAGUAUAAAAAUAAGAACUGUGUUAGUUAGGUUGAAGCUAGCCGUUGGUAGGCCGUAUGAG